GGUAUGGCCAAAGCCAAAGCGUGGAUGCUGGUUUCCUGGCAACGGCCGACCGCAGAGGCGGGGUAGUCGAUGGCAUUCGGAGGAAGAAGUACCGCCUUCUCCCCCAGGGCCCCUGUGUAACUCAGCUUGGAGUUAAAGGAAAGGAAAAAGAAGACAGAAACAAGGGCCAGGCUUCCUUCUGAGGCAUGCUCCCCAUGCCUUCUCCAGAGACCUCAUUAAUGGUGUUUAGCUGGCAAGUGUGAGCCUAUGCCUGGGAGACAGGGCAGGGUGCUAGCGCUACCCUGCCUCCACUCCUUCAGUAACUGCUAGUUCUGAUUGUGUUGCUAAGGGCUUCAAAGGCAGAGAGAAGUCACAGCUGGAGCCCAAAAGCAGCCUCUUCCAGGCAGUGGAGCACUAGCCCCCACCUUCCCAAGCCACCUACAGGCAGAGGGGCCCUGGAUGCUUCAAGCACCACAACCAGGCCACAGAACCAUGAGCCAGCACGGCAAAGUGAAAACAACAGAGUCCAGGCCCCCUGCCUCCUCCACAACCAGGAAGAGGCUGCCUAUCCUGGAUCCAUCUGGGGAUUACUACUACUGGUGGCUGAACACCAUGGUCUUCCCAGUCAUGUAUAACCUCAUCAUCAUCGUGUGCAGAGCCUGCUUUCCAGACUUGCAGCAUGGUUAUCUGGUGGCCUGGUUUGUGCUGGACUACACCAGUGACCUGCUUUACCUACUGGACAUUGUGAUGCACUUCCACACAGGAUUCUUAGAACAGGGCAUCCUGGUGGUAGACAAGGGUAGCAUCGCCAGUCGCUACGUUCGCACUUGGAGCUUUGUGUUGGACAUGGCUUCCCUGAUCCCCACCGACCUGGUCUACCUGCGGCUAGGCCCACACAUACCCAUGCUGAGGCUGAAUCGAUUUCUUCGGGUGCCCCGCCUCUUCGAGGCCUUCGACCGUACAGAGACCCGCACAGCUUACCCGAAUGCCUUUCGCAUCGCCAAGCUGAUGCUCUACAUCUUUGUCGUCAUCCACUGGAACAGCUGCCUAUACUUUGCCCUGUCCCAGUACCUGGGCUUCGGGCGUGAUGCCUGGGUGUAUCCAGACCCAGCACAGCCCGGUUUUGAGCGCCUGCGGCGCCAGUACCUCUACAGCUUUUAUUUCUCCACCCUGAUCCUGACUACUGUGGGUGACACACCGCUGCCAGCCCGGGAGGAAGAGUACCUCUUCAUGGUGGGCAACUUCCUGCUGGCCGUCAUGGGUUUUGCCACCAUCAUGGGUAGCAUGAGCUCUGUCAUCUACAACAUGAACACCGCAGAUGCAGCUUUCUACCCAGAUCACGCGCUGGUGAAAAAGUACAUGAAGCAACAACACGUCAACCGCAGGCUGGAGCGGCGAGUUAUUGACUGGUACCAGCAUCUGCAGAUCAACAAGAAGAUGACCAAUGAGGUAGCUAUCUUACAACACUUGCCUGAGCGUCUGCGGGCAGAAGUUGCUGUGUCAGUGCAUCUGUCUACUCUGAGCCGGGUACAGAUCUUCCAGAACUGCGAGGCAAGCCUGCUGGAGGAGCUGGUGCUAAAGUUGCAGCCCCAGACCUACUCGCCUGGUGAAUAUGUAUGCCGCAAGGGGGACAUUGGCCGAGAGAUGUAUAUUAUCCGCGAGGGACAGCUGGCUGUGGUGGCAGACGACGGUAUCACACAGUAUGCUGUGCUUGGUGCAGGGCUGUACUUCGGGGAGAUCAGCAUCAUCAACAUCAAAGGGAACAUGUCUGGGAACCGCCGCACAGCCAACAUCAAGAGCCUAGGUUACUCAGACCUGUUUUGCCUGAGCAAAGAGGACCUGCGGGAGGUGCUCAGUGAAUAUCCACAGGCCCAGGUUGUCAUGGAGGAGAAGGGACGUGAGAUCCUGCUCAAAAUGAACAAACUGGACGUGAAUGCUGAAGCAGCUGAGAUUGCCCUACAGGAGGCCACAGAGUCCCGACUGAGAGGCCUCGAUGAGCAGCUCGAUGAUCUGCAGACCAAGUUUGCUCGCCUACUGGCUGAGCUGGAGUCCAGUGCACUCAAGAUUGCCUACCGAAUAGAAAGGCUUGAGUGGCAGACUCGAGAGUGGCCAAUGCCUGAGGACCUGGCUGAGGCUGAUGAUGAAAGUGAGCCUGGGGAGGGAACUUCCAAGGAUAGAGGGGGGAGAGCUGGUCAAGGGGGGCCCCCCGGCCCAGAAUGACUCCAUCCCUGUUCCCAGGACUCCCACCUCCAAGUGAAUCCAGAGUUGUAGGAAAGAUUACCUGCAGAAAUUCUGCCAUCCAGCUUGCUAAAUCAGAGAGACAGGAAUGAAUUGGUUCAUAGAUCCCCAGCUAGAGAUGUGGGAGUAUAGCACACAUUUAUCUCCCCACUUAGCAGUACACACACACACACACACACACACACACACACACAAUUACACAUGCUGUCCAAGACUGUGUAUUCUACAUAAUAUGCUCUGGAGUCCCCAUUCUCAAAGCAUACAUGCUUUCUCAUAAGCAUGGAUAUGACUUAUACCCACAUAAUAUAGCACAUUCAGUCAUGCACCUUCUAAACUUACGCUGAGAGUCAUACACCAAUAGAUACCUUCCAUCAGUGUGCACAUGCCUAUGAAAACACAGAAACACACCCAGAGCUGUCUUGGUCCAAAAUAUCCUUUGACUGUUCCCGGAUUGGUGGUUUGCAAGUGUACCCUGCAAACUGCACUUCAAUAAAGUAUUUGCCUUCCCACUAAGCAUUUAUGGGGCUAGAAAGAAAAAACCAAUGAUGAGCCAGGUUGAACUGUGUCUGAAUUCUGAGUUACAGAGUGAAGGGCAUGAGGUUGGUAGUACUUGGUAGGUUGGAUUCAAGGCAAUUGGGUACCUGAAGAAUAGGGAGUCAGU